AUCUCGGGUCGAGAGCUCCACCAAGCCACUGCACAAGAGAACGAUGACACCUACUUCUCCACCACGGAGUGUGCCUGGAUACAGGUCUGGUUCGCCAUUGCGGUACCAAAGCCAUCUACCCAGUCACUUCCUCCCCUCGAAAUACCCACCGCCUUCACAGCAACCGAACAAUCCCAGUUGCUUGAAGCUCCACUACCAUCCUCCUUACCAGAAUUCAUGCAAGGUGACUCUGCGCUUGUCACAGAAGCCACCUUCAAGAGCCGCCACAGGCAAAUUCAAUUGAAGCAGCAUAUUAUUCCUCAAGGAUGGGAAACGGACCUUUCAAUUGGUUCUGCUAGCUGGAAAAAAUUCUGGAAUCAACUCAACAAAAUCAAACUCAAACAUCCCGAGGGAGGUGAAGAAAUCCACCGGUUCAACCUAGGACACCGUUCUCACGGUAAUACGGCAACAGUCCGACUCAGUUCCACCACAACACUACCACAAAGACGGCGCCUUGUCACUCAAAUACACUCCACGGGUAAUAAUGUGGAUUAUGUCAAUUCUCGAUGUGUCGCUUGCUUGACAGAAAUGCCAAGCGAAGCCACUAUCACCUACUCCACCAUAUGUACUCGGAUUGCAGGGUUUCGCGCCAAAUAUGGGAUCAACUAUCACGUGACUCACUCAAUCUACUAAUUAAAUUAUUAGUUGCAAACUCGACAUUGUCAAUUCUACAAUCUUUAAAUGUAAAUCGUUACCUCCAAGCUAUCCGUCGUUUCUUUCGAGAACGACGACAGAUUUCAACAGCGUUAAGGAAAACCUUAACGAUUCGCGAUAUCACAGCUUGGGUUACGUUGGUUAAAUUAACAAUUAAAUAAAUAAUUAUGACAUAACCUGCAAGAGGUUUUCAAAGUUCACACUUUUUCUUCUUGCUCAAAAGGUUUAUUAUAUGGCAACUAUGAAAUGGAUAUACAAGAGAAGGUUAUAUAGCCAAUAUGACCAACAAUUAUAUAGAUAUAUUAUAGGAUAAUAAACAUCGAAUGAAGAAAAAAAAAACAAAAAAA